CCCCGUCGACGAGACCCUUCUUUGUCCGCAGUCAGCGCAGUCGUAUUGAGCUCCUGCCCCCGGCAAUUCAGUUAGAUUUGUUGGCGUCCGUCACAAGCAAAAUCUCCAUACAAAUACCCAGGCGGGCUGUGCCUCCCGUAUAGAAUCUCUCCUUCUGACCACCAUCUAAUACUUGUGCAUCAUGCGAGCUGCUCUCUUUGCGGCGUCUGUCCUUUCCUCCACUGCCUUCGCCGCCAACUACAGCCUUGUGAGGACGUACCAGGGCUCGGACUUCUUCGAUGGGUGGUCGUAUUAUAACUACUAUGAUAACACCACCAGCGGUGAUGUCGAAUAUGUCAACGCCUCGUAUGCUACGUCGGACAAGCUCGCGUACGUGACCGAUGCAGGACAGACAGUCAUCAAAGUGGACAACACCACCUUCGUCCCAUAUAACUACAAGCGUGACUCGGUUCGCAUCACGACGGAUGACUACUUUGAAAUGGGCAGCGUUAUCCUCUUCGACGCCGCCCACCUUCCCUUCGGAUGCUCUGUUUGGCCGAGCUUCUGGACGAAGGGCCAGGACUGGCCCGCCGGCGGCGAGAUCGACAUCCUCGAGGCGGUCAACCAGAUGACCUACAACCAAUAUGCGCUGCACACCAAUGCGGGCUGCAAUGCCUCAUCGAGCGCGACGGCGAGCGGAACGAUCGGCACGACGGACUGUAACGCCACUGCUGGGUGCACUUACGCAGAGGCCAAGUCGGACAGCUACGGCUCAGGGUUCAACUCUGCUGGCGGAGGCGUGUGGGCGACCCUUCUCGAUGCCUCCGGCAUUUCCAUCUGGUUCUGGAGUCGUGCCGACAUUCCGAGCUCGAUCUCCACCGCGAACACUUCGAUCGACAUCUCCGACUGGGGCACUCCCUCGGCGAACUACUCGAGUGCGCUCUGCGACAUUGAGACGUACUUUGCGGCGCAGCAGCUCGUGUUGGACAUCACGCUGUGCGGUGACUGGGCUGGCGAUCUCUCCACAUACACUGAGACCUGCUCGAUCGAGGGCGGCGGAGCUGGCAAUGCCUCUUCCUGCUACCUCCAAAACGUCUACAACUACGGCAACACGACCGCGCUCGACGACGCCUACUUCCUGAUCAACUACGUCAAAGCGUUCAACGUCAACAGCAGUCUCGUCACCCCCUCGGGCUCCUCUUCCUCCAUCUCGCCCACAGGCACUGCCGCGCUCGGCACGGGCGGCAACAGCUCUGGGAGCUCAAGCGGCAGCGCCUCGGGCAGCACGGGCACCAACAGCUCUUCAGGCAGCAGCAGCGGCGCGUUCGCGGAUCGUCUCGGCGUGCAGUUCGCUGUGCUCGCGGGCGGUAUUGGCGCGCUCGCGGCGUUGAUCUUGAUUUGAAUGGAGUGAAGGUGAAGGCGGAGAGCAUGGGCCGGGUGAGAUUAUAAAUGGACUGUUGUCUGAAGGGACAACUGAUUGAUAACCCACAAUCCCUCUUCGGUGACCGUCAUUUUGGACUUGGUUUGCACCAGCCUAUCUAGUAUUUAGAUACAUCCUUUCUAUUGUAAUGGAGAUCUGAUUGUUGUCCGUUGGUAUCAAUCUCGGGGUAACUCGCCCUUCUCGAAGCGAGCAGGCUGCCGUCACUUUUACCGAAGCCGCAACACCUCAUCGCCAAGGCACCAGCA